AGCUUCUGCUCUUUGUCCUAUAAAGCCACAGAGCUCAAGCCUAUCUCUGUACCCUUCUUUAUCUUCUUUCGCUCAUUCAAACUCCAAGAGGGGGCCUUUUGAAUUGGAGUUUCUGCUGGAAAAUGGCUUGCAGACUUGCGGAUUCUAUGCUCGUUUUCAUGGGACCCCAUCAAAGGCCUCCUGGGAGUCAGAAACUUGCUUGCCUUCAUUCUCCAGGCCUUUCUCAGCGGAAUCUGGAGAACAUUGUCAUAAAGGGAAUUCAACAUAAAGCAUGUUCUAUUCCUAUGAGAAGGGGUAAAUGUAUACGGGCUGUGGCCGUUCCAGUCGCACCAUCUUCAGGAGAUAGUGAUAGUACUGAGUACAGAAAACAGUUAGCAGAAAGCUAUGGCUUCAGGCAAAUUGGGGAACCACUUCCUGAUAAUGUUACAUUGAGGAAUGUCAUUGAUACUCUCCCAAAAGAGGUCUUUGAGAUUGAUGAUGUGAAAGCGUGGAAGUCAGUUUUAAUAUCUGUCACUUCCUAUGCAUUGGGACUCUUAAUGAUCUCAAAGGCCCCGUGGUAUUUACUUCCUUGGGCUUGGGCAUGGACAGGGACUGCAGUCACAGGGUUCUUUGUUAUAGGCCAUGAUUGUGCUCACAAAGCAUUUUCAAAGAACAAGUUAGUGGAAGACAUUGUCGGAACUCUGGCCUUUCUGCCAUUGAUAUACCCAUAUGAGCCAUGGCGGUUUAAGCAUGACAGGCAUCAUGCAAAAACAAACAUGCUGGUUGAAGAUACAGCUUGGCAUCCUAUCUGGAAAGAGGAGUUCGAAUCAUCUCCUCUUUUGCGGAAGGCAAUAAUAUAUGGAUAUGGCCCAUUCCGGCCUUGGAUGUCCAUAGCACACUGGUUGAUGUGGCACUUUGAUGUGAAGAAGUUCAGACCGAAUGAAGUUAAAAGGGUGAAGAUCAGUUUGGCCUGUGUUUUUGCAUUUAUGGCAAUUGGAUGGCCACUGAUUAUAUAUAAGACUGGAAUGGUGGGGUGGAUUAAGUACUGGUUAAUGCCAUGGUUGGGCUAUCACUUCUGGAUGAGUACUUUCACAAUGGUGCAUCAUACGGCUCCGCACAUACCUUUCAAAUCUUCUGAUGAGUGGAAUGCAGCUCAAGCCCAACUUAAUGGAACAAUUCAUUGUGAUUACCCGAGAUGGAUUGAGAUACUCUGUCAUGAUAUUAAUGUCCACAUACCACACCAUAUUUCUGCAAAGAUACCAAGCUACAAUUUAAGAGCAGCUCAUAAAUCUAUCCAAGAGAAUUGGGGAAAGUAUCUGAAUGAGGCGUCAUGGAACUGGCGCUUAAUGAAGACAAUAAUGACAGUAUGCCAUGUCUAUGACAAGGAGCAAAACUACAUUGCUUUUGAUCAACUUGCCCCCGAAGAAUCUCAACCAAUUAAGUUCCUUAAAAGUAUGAUGCCUGAUAAUGCUUAAAAUUUUGCCCCCUCUUUUGCCUUUUGGUGCUUUCUUAUCUCUUAGCAUUCACUUUUUGGGUCAAGCUGGGUAUUCUUUUCUCAUUCCUUAUAUGUUUUUACUUAUCUUAUAAUAAAUCUUUUCCAUCAGUUCACAUUGAAUAGUAGAAAGCAAUUGAAAAUUUGAAAUGAAGCUUCCUUGAAAUUCA